AUGGCUUUCGGGUUUGCAGAGAUGGAGAUGGGUGUGAUGGCAACAGAGAUGGGUUCGGGUUUGCUGGGUUGUGCAAUGGGGUUCGGUGGUGAGCAAAGAUGGUUCUGUGAUGGCAAAGGGAUGGGUUGUUGUAAAUCUGAUGGGGUGUGCGAUGGGGUGUGUCUGCAAGAGGAGAGAAUUUUCGAUGGGGUGUGGCUGGAUAUCAGAUAG